AUGAAAGCUGACAGGGAGAAGAUGGCCCCCACUGUGUGGCGUCCAAACCCACGAACAGGGAUCAUGCCAAGAACCUACAAGAGAAAAACAAACUGGGGCUCAACACCCCUUGAAGUGCCGGAAAGAGCAGCCAGUGAUGUCAAGGCUGGAAAGUCCAUCAGAUCAGUGAAAAAAGAGAGAAAUAAUGACAGGUCAAUAUUGAGGAGAUUCAUAAAGAAGAGGGAGGUGAAGCAAGUAAAAGCAGCAGGGUACAGUGGAACAGCAGAAGCAAGGAGAGUAUUUUCAGAGGAGAUGGAGAAGGAGCUAGAAGACCAUAUCAAGCAGCUCGCAGACCAGUUCCAUGGCCUUACACCAAAGAAAUGCCGGGAACUGUCAUUAGAAUUGGCAAUCGCACCUCUAAGACGACCAAACAAGGUGAUUUAUUCGUCUUGGAUGUGGUGGCACUCCAAAACGACUUUGAUUGAGGCAAUUAAGCCCGAGGCCCUGGACAAGCCCUGA